CGCGGAGGAACCCAAUUGACUGCAGUUGGGAGCUGGGCGCCCCAAAUCUCGGUCUUGAAAGGCCUCUGUCCCUCCCUUAUCUCCCCAGUACGCCCGCUCCCGAGCUUGUCAUGGCCUUCUCCGCCCGGCUUGUCGGUCGAGCGCCUGUUCUCCUGCGACAAUUUCGACGAUUGCCCAUCACGCGAAGGCAGCUCACUACCGCGAGCCUGCGAUCUCCCUCUCAGCUCCUCGCCUCUUCUAGCAAGUUCGGAUUUGCCUACGAGAGACGCUUCUCCACCACCAGCGCUCGCUCCGCUGCCGGUGUAGCUGCCGCUCAAGAGGCGCCGAACCCGAAAGCGUACCUGGAGAGCGGCGUCAUCCGGCCCAUAGAUGUGGUGAAUGUCAAGAAGGUGUUGGUUAUCGGCAGUGGUGGCCUGGCAAUUGGACAGGCUGGAGAGUUUGACUACUCAGGUUCGCAAGCGCUCAAAGCCCUCAAGGAGGCUGGCGUAGCUUCUGUGCUCAUAAAUCCGAACAUUGCCACCAUCCAGACCAACCAUGUCCUCGCCGACGAAGUGUACUACCUCCCCGUCACCCCGGAGUAUGUGACCUACGUUAUCGAGAGGGAACGCCCUGACGGCAUUUUCCUGUCCUUCGGCGGGCAGACGGCGCUGAACCUAGGCGUGCAGAUGCAGCGCAUGGGCAUAUUAGAGAGAUAUGGCGUCAAGGUCCUCGGCACCAGCGUACACACCCUGGAGCUGAGCGAGGAUAGAGAUCUGUUUGCCAAGGCGCUCAACGAGAUCGAUAUUCCUAUCGCCAAAUCGAUUGCCGUCGGCACCGUCGAUGAUGCUCUGGAUGCGGCCUCGAAAGUCGGAUAUCCUAUCAUCGUUCGCGCCGCCUACGCGUUAGGCGGUCUCGGUUCCGGCUUCGCCAACAACGAGGAGGAGCUGCGCAACAUGGCCGCUCGGUCUCUGACUCUCUCGCCGCAAAUCUUGGUCGAGAAAUCGUUGAAAGGCUGGAAAGAAGUCGAGUAUGAAGUAGUUCGUGACGCUAAUAACAACUGCAUCACCGUCUGUAACAUGGAGAAUUUUGAUCCUUUGGGAACGCAUACGGGCGACUCCAUCGUCGUCGCGCCUAGCCAAACUCUUAGCGAUGAAGAAUACCACAUGCUCCGGUCUGCCGCCAUCAAAAUUGUUCGGCACCUAGGGGUCGUCGGCGAGUGCAACGUCCAGUACGCUCUUCAGCCGGACGGCCUCGACUACAGGGUAAUCGAGGUCAAUGCUCGUCUUUCCCGUUCGUCAGCUCUAGCCUCGAAAGCCACCGGAUACCCCUUAGCCUACACUGCAGCGAAGAUAGGACUUGGACACAGCCUGCCUGAGCUGCCAAACGCCGUCACAAAAACAACGACAGCCAACUUCGAACCGUCGCUCGACUAUAUCGUGACGAAGAUACCUCGCUGGGAUCUGUCCAAAUUUCAGCACGUCAAGCGCGACAUCGGCAGUGCUAUGAAAUCCGUUGGAGAGGUGAUGGCUAUCGGUCGCACCUUCGAAGAAUCAUUUCAGAAAGCCAUUCGCCAAGUUGACCCCAAGUUCCUCGGCUUCCAAGGUGAUAAAUUCGACGAUCUCGAUUAUGAACUCUCGCAUCCAACCGACCGUCGAUGGCUCGCGGUCGGCCAGGCCAUGCUUCACGAAGGCUACUCGGUUGAGAAGAUUCACGAGCUGAGUAGAAUCGACAAGUGGUUCUUGUACAAGCUUCAGAACAUUGUGGACUGCAUCAAGGAAAUGGAGGCCGUUGGCAGUUUAGGUGGUCUGAAGCGGGAUCUCGUUCUCAAGGCCAAGAAGAUGGGGUUCUCCGACAAGCAGAUCGCAAAUGCCGUGAAAAGUAACGAGGACGCCGUUCGCGCUCACCGCUCGAGCAUGGGCAUUCGGCCUUGGGUGAAGAAGAUCGACACCUUGGCUGCCGAGUUCCCGGCUGAUACGAACUACCUGUAUACCACGUACAACGCCAGUUCCCACGACGUUACGUUCGAGGAUAAGGGCACCAUCAUUCUCGGCAGCGGCGUGUAUAGAAUUGGCAGUUCGGUCGAAUUCGACUGGUGUGCUGUGAGCGCCACCCUUGCUUUAAGGAACAUAGGCGAGAAGACCGUCAUGAUAAACUACAACCCCGAGACCUACUCGACCGAUUUCGAUACGGCGGAUAAGCUCUACUUCGAAGAACUUAGCUACGAGAGAGUUAUGGAUAUCUAUGAACUCGAAAACGCAUCUGGUGUCGUUGUCUCCGUUGGCGGUCAACUCCCGCAAAAUAUUGCCCUGCGUCUCCAAGAGACGGGCAAGGCGAAUGUUUUGGGGACAGACCCCAAGAAUAUCGACAAGGCCGAAGAUCGGCAGAAGUUUUCGGAGAUCUUGGACAGCAUUGGAGUCGACCAGCCUGCUUGGAAGGAAUUAACCUCUGUAGCCGAAGCGGAGAAAUUUGCCCAACAGGUCGGCUACCCCGUUCUAGUUCGUCCGAGUUACGUUCUCUCGGGUGCCGCUAUGACUGUCAUACGAAGCCAAGAAGAUCUUAAAGACAAGCUGGAGGCCGCCAGCGACGUCUCUCCGGACCAUCCCGUGGUAAUCACCAAGUUCAUCGAAGGCGCGCAGGAGGUUGAUAUCGACGGCGUCGCCCACCAAGGAAACUUGAUCCUCCACGCUGUGAGCGAACACGUCGAGCAGGCCGGCGUCCACUCUGGCGACGCUACGUUAGUCCUCCCUCCCGUGAGCUUGGACGACCGGACCAUGGCGCGACUGAAGGAAAUCGCCCAGAAGGUGGCGAAGGCGUGGAAUAUCACGGGCCCGUUCAAUAUGCAGGUCAUCAAGGCCGAGGACCCCGAAGGCGGAGAGCCGGCUCUCAAAGUCAUCGAAUGCAAUCUCCGAGCGUCUCGGUCUUUCCCCUUCGUCAGCAAAGUCCUCGGCACCAACUUCAUCGACGUCGCGACCAAGGCCCUCGUCGGCAAGGAUGUGCCCAAGCCCACCGAUCCCAUGGCGGUGAAGCGGGACUACCUCGCGACCAAGGUGCCCCAAUUCUCGUGGACCCGUCUCGCGGGCGCGGACCCGUUCCUGGGCGUGGAGAUGGCCAGCACGGGAGAGAUGGCGUGUUUCGGCAAGGACCUGGUCGAGGCCUACUGGACGUCGCUGCAGUCGGCCAUGAACUUUCGCGUGCCGGAGCCGGGCGAGGGCAUCCUGUUCGGCGGGGAGACGAGCAAGCCGUGGCUCACACAGGUGGCCGACUACCUCGCGCCGCUGGGCUACCGGUUCUACGCCGCGGAGGAGGACGUGAAGCGGUUCCUCGAGGCGACCACGCGGGACAAGACGGCGGUCGAGGUGAUCGCGUUCCCCCGCGAGGACAAGCGCGCGCUGCGCGAGGUCUUCCAGAAGCACGACAUCCGCGGCGUCUUCAACCUGGCCCUGGCCCGGGCCAAGACCGUCACCGACGUCGACUACGUGAUGCGCCGCAACGCCGUCGACUUUGGCGUCCCGCUCUUCAUGGAGCCCCAGACAGCAAUACUGUUCGCCCAGUGCAUGAGCGAGAAGCUGCCGCGAAAAGAAGGCGUCCCGCCCGAGGUCCGCCGGUGGUCCGAGUUCCUCGGUGGCAAGCCGUUGUAGACUAGAUACCCCCGAGAUACGAAACCAAAAAGAGAAGCAAAAAAAAAAACCAAUUAAAAAGUAGGGAGGAGGGAGUGGAAUAUGGAAUAGGGGUUCGUUCAGGUCAGGGGAGGUGGCGGAGUUUUAGGGAUU